GUCCUGAGAAAAGGGUACCAGCAAUGCCUGGAUCGCCUGUGGAAGUGAAGAUACAGUCAAGAUCCUCACCUCCCACCAUGCCACCCCUCCCACCAAUAAAUCCUGGAGGACCCAGGCCAAUGUCAUUUACUCCUACAGCAUUAAGCAAUGGCACCAACCAUUCUCCUCCUACGCUGAAUGGUGCCCCAUCACCACCACAAAGAUUCAGCAAUGGUCCUGCCUCUUCCACGUCAUCUGCACUAACAAAUCAACAAUUGCCAGCCACCUGUGGUGCUCGGCAGCUCAGCAAGUUAAAACGCUUUCUCACCACUCUACAACAGUUUGGCAAUGACAUCUCACCUGAGAUUGGGGAGAAGGUUCGGACACUUGUUCUAGCACUGGUGAACUCAACAGUAACAAUUGAAGAAUUCCAUUGCAAGCUCCAAGAAGCUACAAACUUCCCUCUUCGUCCUUUUGUGAUUCCAUUCCUCAAGGCCAACCUGCCCCUGCUGCAGCGAGAACUGCUGCACUGUGCUCGGGCUGCCAAGCAGACCCCAUCCCAGUACCUGGCUCAGCACGAACACCUUUUGCUCAACACAAGUAUUGCUUCACCUGCUGACUCUUCUGAGCUGCUCAUGGAAGUGCAUGGAAAUGGAAAGAGGCCCAGUCCAGAAAGGAGGGAAGACAACGGUUUUGAAAGAGAUACAAUUCCUCCUGAACCUCCUGCCAAGAGAGUGUGUACAAUCAGCCCUGCUCCUCGGCACAGUCCUGCCCUCAGUGUGCCCCUUAUGAAUGCUGGGGGCCAGUUCCAUCCUACACCUCCACCGCUUCAGCACUACACCUUAGAAGACAUUGCAACUUCCCACCUAUAUCGUGAACCCAACAAGAUGUUAGAACACCGAGAAGUUCGUGAUAGACACCACAAUCUUAGUCUAAAUGGAGGCUAUCAAGAUGAGUUGGUAGAUCACCGUUUGACAGAAAGGGAAUGGGCUGAUGAAUGGAAACAUCUUGAUCAUGCCCUGAACUGCAUUAUGGAAAUGGUAGAAAAAACAAGGCGUUCCAUGGCAGUUCUGCGGCGCUGUCAGGAAUCUGAUCGUGACGAACUCAACUACUGGAAAAGACGAUACAACGAAAAUACAGAGAUGAGGAAAACGGGGAAUGAACUGGUCUCCAGGCAGCACAGUCCUGGGAGCGCGGAUCCUCUCAGUAGCGAUCCUCAGCGGGAAUUCAACAGUAGGCCAGCAACAGGAUAUGUACCUGUGGAAUUUUGGAAAAAAACCGAAGAAGCUGUGAAUAAGGUGAAAAUUCAGGCCAUGUCAGAAGUACAGAAAGCCGUUGCUGAGGCAGAGCAAAAAGCCUUUGAAGUGAUUGCAACAGAGAGAGCUCGGAUGGAGCAAACCAUAGCGGACGUCAAACGGCAGGCUGCAGAGGAUGCCUUCCUUGUCAUAAAUGAACAAGAAGAAUCAACGGAGAACUGCUGGAACUGUGGCCGCAAAGCCAGCGAGACCUGCAGCGGCUGCAAUAUCGCACGAUACUGCGGCUCUUUCUGCCAACAUAAGGACUGGGAGCGGCACCACCGCCUCUGUGGCCAGAACCUGCAUGGCCAGAGUCCCCACAGCCAGAGCCGGCCACUGCUUCCUGGAGGGAGGUCAGCCAGGUCUGCCGAUUGCAGCGUGCCAAGCCCAGCACUGGACAAGACCUCAGCAACCACCUCGCGCUCCUCAACACCUGCCUCUGUGACAGCCAUCGACAGCAACGGACUCUGAGCCCAGGCUCCUUCCCCCUGAUGACCUCACAGCACAGGGCUGGACCAGUACAAGUAGCUGCUGGGUCAUCAGCAAGAAGUGAAGUGGAGGCAGAAAGAGUCCAAGCCCAGCCAACAUUGCUUCACAGCCUCUCCAGACACCUGCCCCCGUUUCCCAUUUGUGUCCUUGGGGGAAAUAGUGUGCCGUCCUUUCUGCACACAGGCAGGUGGCUGGAGCUGCCUCUUCCAUGGCUUUCUGGUUUGUUCCUCUCCCAGCUGGAGCUGGCGUGGCGGGCGCCUUUUCAGUGUAGACCACCAGCUCCCCUCCCUGCCUCUUGAGGCAGCAGACUAUGUGCCCGGCCAGGCUGGAGGCAGCUGGCCCCAUGCACUGUCUCCUGCUCCACUGUCCUCCCGCAGCAGAGGCCUGGAGGCUGUGAGCAGGCUGGAGAGAGUCCUUCUGACCGGGAGUGGCCCCCCUCAUCCCCAGCAGCUUCAUGAGCCUAUUUCCACCCUCAGCAGAUGCCACUGAUUGGCCCCAGGGGGACUUCGGGGAAGCAAAAAGCAGCACUCAGGACUCCCUUGACCCUGCUGUUCAGACUUGUUAAAAUUCUCAGAAACCACAGGAAAGUCACCAUUUUAGGAAAAGCACCCAUAACAAUAAAAAAUAAAUAAAACUUUCACAAGCAUCACAGAUCAUCUUGGACAAGGUUUUCUAACCUGCCUGGCUUCUUCAGUUUAGGACCCAGUUUUCUCCCUCUCUGAUUUGAUUUUGCUUGUGCAGAAAAGUUUCCAGCACUUGGAUUGGUCUGAGGAAGAACGAGACUCAGGUGUAGAUUAGUCUGUUUUGAGCAUUUUGGCCAACUACUAUCAUCAAGUUAUUGAAUGCAUCAUCUGUUGGAAACUCAGAACCUCGUCACCGCUUGGCUGUUUGCACAGUCAUCUUGUUCUGUGUCUUGUCUCAGACCGCGUGUGUCCAGAUCACAGUGUGGAUCGGUCUCUAUCUGGCACCUCUGAAGCCGCAGUUGCCCUGUAAAAUGUGAUAUGGUGUGACUAGGACUCGCCUCACUAAUCAGGGCCUGGUUACUUCUGAGCAGCCCUCAUGGACCAUAAAGAAUUCUUCAGACCUCA